AUGGUGUCUUCAGGGUCUUCCGGAUUGCCAUUACAGCUGAAUCCAUGGGAAGACCAGGCCCUCAACUACGAGUUUCCAACCCAGUCUGCUACUCAUGCAGGAAACGACAGCACUCCUGUUCCGGCUUGGAUACAGCUUCAAGACCCAAUCAUAUAUCCCGGAAUCUAUUCCGCUAGCGGCAUUGAUGUGAUGGGUGUACUGUUGCGAGUAAUGUCUCGACCAAAUCCUUGCAUUGAUAUCGGGCCUCUCGACUGCUCUGUGUCGCUCACAUUAUGCGAUCUCAGCCAACCCAAUGCGCCCAUCGUCUACGCCUCCCCUGGCUUCUACGAACUGACUGGCUAUUCUCCCCAAGAGACUAUGGGUAGAAACUGUCGGUUUCUGCAAUACCCCCCUCAUGUGCAGCCGCCGGCCAGAUCCAGUCCUUCAGACAUUCAUGAGCCCGUUACAAUGAUGCGGCAUGCCAUCCGGACCAAUCAAGAAGUUCGGGUCCAGGUUCUCAACUAUAAGAAAAACGGCACAGCCUUUACCAAUGUCGUCACUAUAUUACCCUUGUGGGCUGAUAAUACUGGGCAUCAUUAUGCCGUGGGGUUCCAGGCUGAAUUAUAG